AAAAUCAAAAAUAUCAAUAGUCGACUUGAUCAGAAGAAUGAAUGGAAGAGAAGGCCGCAAAUAGAUGUUUGUUUAAAAAGUCUUGAUAAUUCUAAAGAUAUAAAACAAGAAUUGUUAGAAGAAGUUAAAAAUCAACAUGAACAUGGGGGCGAUUCGGAAAUUGAGAUUUAUGGAAUAACCAAGAACCAAAAAGACGGUAACUACAUGAUGGUUAUGGAGUAUGCAAAGCAGGGAAGUCUCAGAAAAUUGUUAGGUAGUAAAUAUGAUUUGAAAAAUGAAGAAACUGAAUUAUAUAAACAAGUUAAAAUAUUAAAAAUCUAG